GUCUAAAAUUGGGACCGGCCGGUGCUCUGACCUAUUCUUAAAAUAGAUAAUAUUUCAGCUUAGCUUGUUCUAACUAUAUUCAGCAUUAAUGCAUUAUUAAGUGUGUAAUAUAUUAAUGCAUAAUCUCCAAUCCCACAACUUUCAUAAUGGCCGGUAGCAAUAAUAUUCAAGAGUUCUACCAUCGACAUAUCAAAAAGAUGUUUACAUGGUCCUAUUUGAAAGGCCUGGUUAUCAAUCCAGCACAGUUACCCUUGGUCGCUUUGCUCAUCAUCAUCGCAGAACUGGUAAUCAACUUAAUGGUUGUAGAACGAGUGCCUUAUACAGAAAUUGACUGGAAAGCAUACAUGCAGGAAUGCGAAGGGUUUUUGAAUGGUACGCUAGACUACAGCAAGCUACGCGGCGACACUGGUCCGUUAGUCUAUCCAGCAGGUUUUGUCUACAUAUAUUCUUUAUUUUACUUCCUUACAAAUCAAGGUGAAAAUAUUAAGCUAGCACAGUAUAUUUUUAUUGGCAUCUAUUUGUUGCAACUCUGUUUUGUGUUACGAAUUUAUAUAAAAACUAAAAAAGUGCCUCCAUAUGUCCUAGUGAUAACGAUUCUCACUUCGUACAGAAUACAUUCUAUUCAUAUUUUACGUUUAUUUAAUGAUCCAAUUGCUGUACUGUUUUUGUAUGCAUCUCUGAACUUUUUCUUAGAUUCUAAAUGGUAUUUAGGAAGUAUAAUGUAUAGUUUGGGUGUGUCAGUUAAGAUGAAUAUUAUUUUGUAUGCUCCUGCUCUCUUUUUCUUUUAUCUUGUCAACUUGGGGUAUAAAAAUACCAUAAAACAACUUUUUGUGUGUGGUCUAUUACAAUUAGUUUUAGGCUUGCCUUUUUUGAUAAGUGCACCGAUGGCAUAUUUAAAAGGAAGCUUUGACUUGGGACGUGUUUUCAACCACACAUGGACUGUAAACUAUAGAUUCUUAGAGAUAGAUAUGUUUGAAAGUAAAUGCUUUCACCUCACACUUCUGGGGAUACAUAUAAUGCUACUAAUCAUAUUUUUGCCCAUGUGCAUAAAAUAUUUCAGAAGUUAUUGUAGACUCAAAUAUGUGCAAAAACAAGUACAACCACAGAUUGAUGCUAAAAAUCUUGAAAAUAAGCGGAAAGCAAAAUUGAACAAAGAAGCCAAAAGAAAGUUAAAUAAGAAAACUGAAGAAGAAACACUGACCCAGGAGCAAGAAGAUUUCCUGAAUUCAUUUGAGUCAAUGUUAAAAAAAUCCUCUCACAAGGGUACAAAGAAGGUUCCAAAGAAACAAUUAGACAACGAGGAAACUCAUUAUAGCAUAGACUUUGAUAUACUAUCCCAACUAUUUAUUCUCCCAAUGUUUAUUGUGAACUUUAUUGGUAUUGUAUGUGCCAGGAGUUUGCAUUAUCAGUUUUACUCAUGGUAUUUCCAUAGUUUGCCUUAUCUUUUAUGGUCCACAAACUAUUCUGUAAUAGUAAGAUUUCUAAUUUUAGCCCUCAUUGAACUGUGUUGGAAUACAUACCCAAGCACUAACCUAACAAGUGCCCUGUUACAUGUUUGUCAUUUGUCUGUACUUUAUGGAGUGUACAAAAAAUUGUCUGCUGAAUUAAAAAUAGCCUCUAAAGUACAGUAAUGUUAUAAAGUAGGUUAAAUUCUUAAGUCUAUGUAUUUUUUGCUGUUUUACUUAAGUUGUUAAAAGUCACUAUUUUAAGAUAAUGUGAAAAGAAACUAUGUAAGUUACAUUUUAAAACUGGAUUAUUAGAAAGCAGGAUCAACAAACUACAUACAAAGACCUAAGUCAUUGUAGCUUCUUCCAUUAAUUAAAUGCCCAGACAUUUAUUAUUUCUUUGUAAGGUAAUAAAAAGUGUGUUCAUAUUAUACAAAUUACUUAAUAGUACAUACGGUAUGUAGAGCUGUUACAUUAUUUUUAUACA